AGCGUCCGACCCACCUCAAAUGCCCUAUCAGCCUCAAACAAACCACCCAAAACAGCCACCUUUCCUCCUCCCCCUCCUCCUCCUCCUCCUUCCGAUCCUUCACGACCUCCGACGCUACCAGGGGCUUCGUCGUUGGUAUCGCUUGACGAGUGACGACAUCGAUGGGUCGUGGGCUGCAUGGCGAGCAUCGGAAGCAGCUGCGGGACAUAUUCGACCGAUUCGACAUGGACCGGGACGGCAGCCUGACGCACCUGGAGCUCGCCGCCCUGCUCCGUUCCCUGGGCCUCAAGCCCACCGGCGACCAGAUCCACGCGCUGCUGGCCAACAUGGACGCCAACGGCAACGGAUCGGUGGAGUUCGACGAGCUGGCCGUCGCGCUCGCGCCCGUCAUGACCGAGCAGGCCUUCGUCAACCAGGAGCAGUUCCUGGAGGUCUUCCGGUCGUUCGACCGGGACGGAAACGGGUACAUCUCGGCGGCGGAACUGGCACGGUCGAUGGCGCGCAUGGGCCAGCCGCUCACCUUUCUCGAGCUCACCGAGAUGAUGCGGCAGGCCGACACCGACGGCGACGGCGUCAUCAGCUUCGAGGAGUUCGCCACCGUCAUGGCCAAGUCCGCCGCCGAGUUCCUCGGCCUAACCCUCGUGGCAUCAUAAUGAUGAUCGGAACUCGUUCGUUGCCUGUUCACCAAUUUGUCGGUUUUGGCGGUCUCCGUUUUUACCUCUUUUUUGGUCUGGAGCUACAAAUGGAUCUGAAUCCAAUAAAUGUACAGAAGAUGAUGUUGGAACGGAGUUCAGCAUUCUUCAAGCUAAAUUUGUGCCACUGCACCAUCUGAUCAAGAGAGUGUUUGCGUUCA